AUGUUCAGCUUAAGCAAGAAGAAACAAGAGGAAAGCCUUGAUGAUGAUACAGAGACACAGAAAGAUGAAUGGAAGAAGACUCUUAUUGGUAAGCUGGGUAAUGUGCACCAGAGAGAAUACUUGAGCCACUAUGGCCGCGGAAGAAAGGGAAAAAUAAGAGGGGAAUAUUGUAUCUACAGAGUUCCAGAUAAACUUCGACAAGUGAAGGAGGAUGCCUACCGCCCUGGCGUUGUCUCAAUCGGACCAUUGCAUCAAGACAACCAGAACCUGGCACCCAUGGUCCAAUACAAAUGGUCCUACUUGCUAUCCUUUCUCGACCAGCAAGCAAUAGAUGCCAUGCUACACUGA